GGGCGGGGCUGCGGUCCGGGCUCAGUGAGGGGAUGGGGAUGCCGCUGAGCUGGCUGUCUGGCGGAUUCAUUCUCUGGCCUCAUGCCGGAGACGAGCAGCUGCGGGGAGACAACAUGGAGGCAUCGGCGCGAUAGGAAGACAUCCGGAUAGUCGCUGAGGAUUGUCCAAGUUGACUAAGAAUGGAGUUAGAAUGAACCGUUGCAUGAGGUCUCUAUGAGCAGAUUUAAGACAGUUCGGAGAAGAAUGACCAAGUCACGUCUUUUCUGUUUGCUGGUGGUCCUUGGCUCUGCUUUCAUGGUCCUUUUUAUUAUCGUUUAUUGGGACAAUGUUGGGACAGCAAAUUUUAAUCUCCAUACAUCCUUCUCAAAGUCUCAGCCAACCCAUCUAAGUGUGGAGCACCCUUCCUCUGAGGAGACUACAGAAAACAAUGAUGUUUCGGACGUGGACAGGUUUUUAGAUAGCUUUCUUAACUUUGGUCCAACAAAAAAUGAGGUGCCAAGUACAAAGGGGGAUAAAUUGGCCCAACGAGGAGGAUCAAAUAGCUUUGAAGAAAACAUAAGAGGCUAUGACUGGUCCACCAGAACCAAACUGGAAGGCUUUUUAGAUCAGGAAUUAAUUCAGGAGGAAAGGAAGCUUAAUUUACGCAACUUCUGUGGUAAUUCCAGUUUUAACUUUCCAACCAAGAACCGGGAUUUUGAUGACAUUCCAAACAAGGAGCUAGAUCACCUUAUCGUGGACGAUCGACACGGCAUCAUUUAUUGCUAUGUGCCUAAAGUGGCUUGUACAAAUUGGAAACGAGUCAUGAUUGUGUUGAGUGAGAGUCUUUUAGAUAAAAAAGGUGUCCCAUAUGAAGACCCUCUAGAGAUACCCCGGGAGGAUGUCCACAACUCAAGUAGUCAUCUCACUUUUAACAAGUUCUGGAGGAGAUAUGGGAAGUUCUCUAGACACAUGAUGAAGAUUAAAUUAAAAAAGUACACCAAAUUUAUAUUUGUCCGCGAUCCAUUUGUCCGUCUUAUAUCCGCCUUCCGCAGUAAGUUUGAGCUGGAGAAUGAGGACUUUUAUAAGAGUUUUGCUAUACCCAUAUUAACUCGCUUCUCCAACUGGACUAAUGUUCCUACAUCUGCAGGAGAAGCGUUCUCUUCUGGAGCAAAGCCUUCAUUUUCUCAGUUUAUACAGUAUCUUUUAGAUCCUCGGACUGAAGAGCAGAAACCAUUCAAUGAACAUUGGCGUCAGGUCUAUCGUCUUUGCCACCCGUGUCAAAUAGAUUAUGAUUUUAUAGGGAAGUUGGAGACCCUCGACGAGGACGCCUCUCAGCUUCUGAGACAAUUAAAUAUAGAUUCCCUCUUCCAGUUUCCUCCCAGUUAUAGGAACAGGACUGCGAGUAGCUGGGAGGAAGACUGGUUUUCCAAGAUUCCUCUAGAAUGGAGGCAAAAACUCUACAGUUUAUAUGAGCCUGAUUUUGUUCUUUUUGGAUACCCUAAGCCCGGUAAGAUUUUAAAUGUGUGAGAAAAAGCAAAAAAAAAAAAGAAUUUAAAAUACCAAAAAUGAACAUCCGCUGCCUUUCCCGGAAUGGUACAUCUUUUCUACACAUUUCUCUACUCUCCAUUUCAUAUGCUAUGAGAUUUGAAGGAAUCGGGUUUCUUUUACAUGGAUACGUUUUUAAGAAGGAGAUUUUUUUUUAUUUUUAUUCCACUUUUAAAGAGUAAAUGCACACAAAAAAAUCAAUGUCUUGGCAAUUCUAUUUUCUCAGGAGGAGUUCCCAGAAAUGCUUUUUACUGUUAUUUUAUAAAUGUAAUAUAUUAUUUAAAACUAUUUAAUACAGUGUCUCAUGAGGACUCGACUGAGUAAAGGCUUGGCUGUAAAGUGU